UCCCCCAUAGCCCGCACACGUGCUGGGAGGAAUGGGCGCCCAGCAUGGGAAACGAGUGAGUUUGUCGACUCGUGUGAGUCACGAUUUGGAUGAGACACGAUUUCCUCUUUACGGAAUCCCCUUCCACUCCCUUCCUCCUCCGCUCUCAAAAAGCCAGGAAGGCCAAGGAAGGGAGGAUUGUCGCCCCUUCCACCCAGCCACGGAUUUCUCAGAAAGCGGAGGGAAGACGAGCCCCCAUCGCCCCACGCCUGCGCUCCAAGAAGGAGCAGCUCGUCCGGGAACAGGCUUCGCGCGGCGCGGGGCGGAGCGUGAUCGGGCUGCGGGAGGAGCGAGCGAGCGAGCGAGCGAGCAAGCGCCCCGACACUUAGUGCUCUGCCUUCGGGGAAAAAAAGCCCCGAACUCAUUUCCUUCCUUCGCAAAGAGAAGAACCCGGCUAGGGGCUCGUCGCUCCUGAGUCCCGCUCCCGCCGGGGUCCCCGAGGGGCGCCUUGGAGAGCGCGCGGCUGGGAAGUCGCCGUCUGGCUGAGCGGGCGCUGGAGUUUCCUCCCGGCGCGCAAAGGAUGUUGUGACAUAGCUGGCACUAUGGGAAACAGGGGGAACGCAGCAUGGCUGUUGCUUCUGUCGUUAAAGGUCUUUGGGAUGAAAAAAGGUGACCCUGAUGCCCCCACGGACCUGAAAUGUUACCAGUCAGUGCCCAGCAAUAUUGUGAACUGCAGUUGGUCCACCAGGGAGCCUCCAGAUGCUGAUACUACCCAUGUCCUCUACUAUAAGAGCCUUAAAUUUCAUCCUGGCAACCCGCCCAAGCGUGGAGCUGUGGGCAAGCAGAACUGGUUGCUUAUUGAAAAGGGCAACAUGCAACAGGGGGACAACUACAGUGUUUGGGUGGAAACCAAUCGCAGCACAGCUGGGAUUGCAACUUCCGCUAAGUUAAACUUCAGCCUGGAUGAAAUAGUGAAGCCUCCUCCUCCUGACCUGGAGCCUGUGGAGUUUGAGUCUUCUGUCGCUACAGUGAGAUGGACGAACCCUCAGUGGUCUGAAUCCCUUCAUCACCAGGCGCUCACCUGUGCCCUUCGAUACAAGAUGUCCAAGGACCAUAGCUGGACCUAUCUGAGUGAGGAGCAUGUGGAGCAGGCAGGCCAUGACCUGGAGGACCUGAAACCGUUCACUUCCUACGAGGUGCAGGUACAAUGCAUUCCAGAUACGAGAAAAGGUUUCUGGAGUGAAUGGAGUUCUUCCCAGACCUUCGUAACCCCAGAGGCAGCUCCACUGGGUCAGGUAGACGUGUGGCAAAAAGUUGGUGUUUCUGAGAAAGGUGUUCCGAGUCGCUUCCUGCUGUGGAAGGUGCCAGACCCAGAAGCAGCUCGGGGAAUCAUCCUCGACUACAAAGUUGUUUUCCAGGACCGCGACAAAAACAUCACUACGACGGUGUGCCUUUGCUGCCAUGCUGCCCUCCCUCUUUCCGCCAACUACGCCUGGGUAUCGGCCCGAAAUUCUGUUAAGAGCUCGCUGCCUGCCAACCUCAGCUUGGAACAAGCAGAUCUUCCUGGCCCUGAGGAAGUCGAGGUGAUGGCUUUACCAGGCCUGGGUCCCAGGGUGAUGUGGAAGCCCAGCGCAAGCUCUCGGUGGCUCCAGCCUGAGGAGUAUGUGGUGGAAUGGAGAGAAGAGAUCUCCAGCAACCCCGCCGGACAGUUGCUGAACUGGACACGGAGCCCCAGGGGCAACAGCAGUGCCCUGUUGAGAGGUGACUUCAGAGCAAAGGUGCCAUACCUUGUCUGCGUCUAUGCUGUGUAUGCUCACGGGAGCAGCGCUUCGGUCCCUGUGCGAGCCUACUUCAAAGAAGGAGCACCAACAGCUGCUCCCCAGGCACUGCAGGAAAGAAGCAUUUCACCUACGGCCUCUCUCAUCUCCUGGGAGGAAAUUCCACUGGGAGAUCGCAAUGGGCACAUCACCCGCUACACGCUUUACCUGGGACAUCCCACUUUACGGAACGCCAAGGCAAACAGGACCAUUGCAGUUGGUGCUGCAAAGAGGAGCUACAGCCUCUCGGACCUGAUGCCUGGGACUUCCUACCAGCUCUGCAUGACGGGAUCCACCUCAGCCGGGGAAGGUGUGCCCAGCCCGGUGCAUCACUUCCGCACACCAGAUUCCCACUGGUGGACCUUCAUGGCAGCCAUCCUGUUUCUGGGAUUCCUGCUUUUCCUCGCUUUCCUUGUGGUGCUGGUUAAUUACAGAUGGGUCCUUGACUUCUGCCGUAAGAUCCUGCCUCCAUGGUGCUGGGAGAAGAUUCCAGACCCAGGGCACAGUGGUGUUACCCAGAGGAUUCAUGAGCACAGCGCUGCCCCUGGCAUGGAUGCCCUAAGCCAAUGCCUUGCCAAGUUCCCAGAAGAGAUAGACAUUGUUGAGAUAAAGGAACCAGCCCCAGAGCAGACCAUGCCCCUUGCCCCAGUGGAGAUCUCUGGCUAUGAGAAGCGAUUCAUGCCCACUUUGGAGGAGCUGGAGAGGCUGGCUUGAGAAGAGAAGAGAGGAUGCUGUUGACCUUGGGAAGACCAAUGGGAGAGUGGGGACCUGACGCUUUUUCCUACAGCCUCUGAUCUCUGCCUGGACCAGGAUAAGCAACCUACACUCUGCAUUUGUUCUUUAGCCUUGGACGUACUGUAGGAAAACUGCACUGCCAAAUUCUUUGGCUAUCGGAGCAUCUCAUGGGCCAUGGAUCAAGGGGCAGAACUGUCGGUUACAGCGCCCCAGGUGCUCUAACCCAGGUGCUCUAACCAGGUGCUUGUGGCCCCCAAACAGCCACCGAGAGAUCCCUGGGGAGGAAGAAGCACAAUGAAGUUGUGGACCGAGCCUGGAUCUUCCUCAAGGCUCCCUGGUGUUAAGCUGUUACUACUUGGCUCGGUCUUUCUGUCAUCUCAGCUGUUUGAUCUCCACCUGGAUGCUGGAGCCAUGGUGUUGGGGGGGGGGAGGGAGAGGGAGGUUGGUUCUUCCUUCCUUAAGCAGAGACAUCGUUCAUCUCAUUGGGGGCCAGUAGCUCAGAAGCGCAAAGCAGGGGUGUAGGAAGGGGGCGGGGGGAGGCGGUCCGCCCCAGAUGUAAUCUGUGAGGAGGGUGACAAAAAGGCACACGGUGGGGGGGCUCACCCCGCUGCCCCCCUGUGUGGUAGAUGCUCCCCCCCCCGGGUGCACAGCAUGGCCGCCACUCCAGGUGCCCAUGCAGCUAACUGGACAAGGCUUGCACUGGUUGGUUGAGAAGCUGAUGGGUUGUUUAGGGAGAAGUCUUUGGGGCUGCCACAAAUCAUACUUCUUGGCUGUUGGGUGACCAGAUGGUCCCCAACUCCUGCCUUUGGACCGAGGAGAGGGAAGGAGUUGGUCCUCCGGAAUCCUUUCUGCUCCGCCUGGCAGGGUUGAGCUUCCUAUAGGGACAGAGCCAUAGCAAAGAGAGACAACAGAUCCCCGGGAGGGGGCAAAAAAAGCCCUCGAUUCCCAAACUUAUUUUGCAUCCAGAGGUGCGCGCUCUCCAGGACGCAGUGAGUGGAUGUGGGCUGGGUCAGUACUUUAGAUGUGGGUGAGAAAGAAAGACGAAGAGGAGGAGUUUCUUUUGUUUUGCCGGGGGAACAGAGGGUGCCAGCAUGGAGCUAGUUACAGGUAGGUAGCCGUGUUGGUCUGACGUAGUCGAAACAAAAAUAAAAUAAAAUCCUUCCAGUAGCACCUUAGAGACCAACUAAGUUUGUCAUAGGUAUGAGCUUUCGUGUGCAUGCACACUUCUUCAGAUACACUGAAGGAAUAUUUUUGAUUCCUUCUUCAGAUUCCUUCUUCAGAUGCACAGAAGGAAUACUUCUGUUUCAGUGUAUCUGAGGAAGUGUGCAUGCACACGAAAGCUCAUACCAAUGACAAACUUUGUUGGUCUCUAAGGUGCUGCUGGAAGGAAUUUUUUUAAUUUUAUUUUUUGUUUUGCCAGCAUGGAGUAAGGCAGUGAGAAGGGAUUUGGGUAGGUGGGGAGGGAAAUGGGAGAGCGGGGGCCUCGGCCUUCGUAUUCCCAGCAACUCCAUUGCGCCGGAGACAGGGCGCUCUUUCUGGUGCUGGGCAGGGUCUCCAAACCAUGUGCAACCCAGCAAGCAGGGCACGUUUAGGGCAAUGCUGCCUCUCUGCCUCUUUGGCUGUGAACCCAUUUAAAGCACACACACACACACCCCAAGAAUCCUGAGAGGUGUCUCUCCCAAGCCUACCCCGAGCCGUUGAUGUGGGCGGACGGGACAAAAAAAAUUCUGCGCCGGGUACCACCUGACCUUGCUACGCCUCUGACGCAAAGCACACACUUUUCGUGCAGAAGGUUCCCGAUUCAGUCACCAGCAUCUCUGGGCAGGACUGGGAACGCCCCAUCUGAAACCCCAGAGAGGCACUGCAGAUUAUACUGAGCUAGUUGGGCCAGUGCUCUGACUCAGCAUAAAACAGCUUCCUGUGUUGUCCUAUCAGUGUAUUCAGCUGCUUCUGGAAGCUGUUGCCCCAAGGCAGGAGAAUGCCGAAAUGCCAAAGAGGAAGAAAUGCUGCUUUCUUCUGGGAAGGGCUAUAAACAGCUGACCUUUGGGUGGGGCCUGGUUCCCCUGCCCGAGUGUAACUGUUACUUCUCACUUUUCGUUAGGGUUUUUAAAAAGCGUCUUGGUGGGUCGUUGUAUUUUUAAGAUUUGCUUUCUAUAUCAUUGGUUUUUAUUUUGUGUCUUGUAAGCUGCUUUUGAAGUUUCUCCUCUUGCAUAGCAGCAUGGACGUACAUUUAAAAGGUGCCUUGUGCUUAAGGGGUUAGGAAACACACCUGAGAGGUGCUCCUUAGAUGGAUAAAGCAGAGGUGGAAAUUGAAUUGGGGUGGCCUCCCUAUCCCUGCAAUGGACAGGUGUAUUUCACACUUGAUGGGAAACACAGCUAGAACAACUUGCAGCCAAGAUCACCUGGAAGAUGUCUAUGCAAGAUGGUGUCGUUACCAAGAAAGGUAUGAAGGAGGGGAAGCCUGCAGUUACACCCCGCCUGCUACAUGUCACGUGGUGCCUUUAUAAGACAGUCACAUACUUUCUUGUAGCAACUUUUGACAGAUCUGGUUCAGGUUUAAAAGGUGCAACAACUCCCCUUGCCCCCACCAGGGGGCAGGAAAGCUCAGGGUGCUCUGAAUACUGACAAGUUACAGCUGCUUUAUCAAGGUUUAUUUUGGGGGGGGGCAUGUUUUGUUUUGUUUUUAAAAUAAAAAUGUCUCCCUCUCUGCCCCCCAAGCCACUAGAUUCCAGUUUCAUUGCUUGUCUUGUGUAUUCUGCAAUGACCACCCCCCCUUUCCAGAUUUGUGUGUAAUUUCUCGCAGCCUUGCAUGCCUCCGAUUACAAAUGGCAGCAAUUUCCUUUGCACCCGUUGAAGGAUUGAUCAGAAGGGAAUUGGCCCAGGUUCCCCAGUGCAGGCAGAGUCGGGGGUGCAGCCUCUGGCACUUCUAGAGCCUACCUUUGGGCAGCUGCAUAAAGUCCCCUCUCCCCUUGAGAGCAGCUCCCCUCCCUUCCCCCCUCCCCCUUGUAGAAAGUUCUGUGGAUAUAAAAGAGGCAGCUUCUUUCUGUUCAAGAGGUGGGUCUUAUCUGAGCAUCCCUUAGUUAUGUGUGGGACAGAUGCUUCUGUACAGCCACUUGCUGCUAACCUGCACGGUCAAGGCAGCUUAUAACCCAUUGAGCGCAGUUGUAUAUGGUUGUGUUUCCUACCUACAACUUUUAGUGUGCGGAUUUUUUGUAUCUGGCACACAUUUCUCCCUUUUGAGGUCUGUUUCCCUACGAGCCAUGUAGAAUUAAACAUCUUCACCCCCCUGCCAAAAAAGCCACUAUCCUUCACUUGCCUUGGGACUGAUUCAGGCCAUAGGCUUUUGCUGUGUGUUUGUACCACAGUUUGCAGUGGUAAAUAUGACGGUGCUUGAAGCAGAGAGGGAUGCUCAGCUCUCCCCUGGCUGUUGUGUGUUUACAGUCAAAUCUCUCUUUCACGCUUUUAUACACCAGCUGCUUAAAAUAUGCCUUGCAUUAAAGCUGAAGGAAAACUUCAGAAUUAAGUUAUAGUGGAAUUUACCCUGAUCCUUUCCUGGCUGUGCUCGGAAGGUCUCUACCCCACAGCCAUCAGUUUUACGGCUAUUUCAUAAUUUUUAUGGCUAUUUCAUAAUCAUGGAUGCCACUCAAAGAACCUCUGGUAUUGUAAUGGGUGGGGAUGCCAUUUGUGCCUGAUAUCCCAACACCAGCACAACAUCAUUUUCAAACUAUAAUUCCCAGAAUGCCUUUGCAGUUGCCAUAAUGCCUGGCUUGCCCCGUAUGUCCUGAGGUGACCAUUUGACCAGCUAUCAAUCAGAUGUAUUCCAGCAGCCUCAACACUUGGGAAGAUGAUCCACUUUGAAGACAUAACCCAACCC